AUGGACCCUCGAAAAUUGCAAAGCCCGAAUUUCACUCCACUGAAUACUCGCAUGACCGAGGUAUUCAUGGAGAUUAGGAGGGAUCUUGCCUUCAAAUGGCCAAGCAAGUUGAAGGGCGACCCUAAAAGGCGUGACCCUCAGAAAUACUACGAGUAUCAUCGUGACCAUGGUCACUUAACCGAGGGGUGUAUAACCUUGUGGCAAGAGAUUGAGAAUCACAUCAGAAAUGGGAAGUUGGUGAAAUUCUUGGUGGAUGAGAGGAAUCGAGGAAGGAAUGAGGAGCUCCCGUUACUUGAAGGAAACCGAGAACCUCCCAGAAAUCGAGAAGUAAGGCCAAGGGAAGAUGGGUAUGCUGAACCGAUACACAAUCAGCAGGCAAAACCGAGAUGGGAUCGGGAUGCCCAUCAGCCUCGGCAUCGGGAUGUAGUAAGGGAGAUCCACACCACCUCGGGAGGAAUAGCUGGUGAAGGAAGUUCUAGUUCAUCUAGAAAAGCUUACGCAAGAAGAACGAAGGCUGAUGAUGAAGUUUUGUCGAUAGGGAGACCAUCAAAAGUUGCAAAGAAGGAGGUGAUGACUAUAUCCUUCUCUGAAGAAGAUGCUAGGGGGGUAAUAUUCCCCAACGAUGAUGCGUUAGUAGUUACGUUAACGGUUGCCAACCAUAAAAUCCACCGAGUCAUAGUGGAUAAUGGUAGUUUGGCUGAUAUUUUAUACUGGCCGGUCUUCAAGUAG